UUGAUUUACAGGUCGUUGAAUAAGUUAAAAGACAUUUUUAAAAUGUAUCCUCGAAAGAAUUACAUUGACAAAGCAUUAGCCGUUUUGACUAGUGGGGGUGAUUCACAAGGAAUGAACGCCGCCGUCAGAGCUGUUGUAAGAGUAUGUUUACAGUUCGGAAUUAAUGUUUAUCUUGUGAAAGAAGGAUAUUCUGGACUAAUCAAAGGCGAAGAGCUAAUACAAAAAGCUACGUGGUAUGACGUGUCAUUCAUACUUGGACAGGGUGGAACUUCGAUCGGCACUAAAAGAUGCAUGGAAUUCAAAACAAAAGAAGGAAGACUAAAGGCGGUGAAAAACAUGAUAACUCUGGGUAUCUCCAAUUUGGUAGUAAUCGGAGGCGACGGUUCUUUAACAGGUGCUCAUAUUUUUCGACAGGAAUGGCCAAAUAUUAUCAAGGAACUACGCGAAAAAAAUGAAAUCAGCCAAGAGUCAUCAGUGAAAUAUAGCCAUUUGAAUUUAGUCGGUAUAGUAGGAUCCAUCGAUAACGAUUUUUCCGGCACCGAUAUGACCAUCGGUGCUGAUACAGCUCUGCACCGGAUCCUCGAAGCCGUGGACGCCAUUACAUCCACCGCUUCGUCCCACAAAAGGACUUUCAUUAUGGAAGUUAUGGGCCGAACUUGUGGAUAUUUGGCUAUUAAAAGCGCACUAAUGUGUGAAGCUGACUACUUGUUCAUCAGAGAAUGGCCACAAACUAUGGAUUGGCCAGAAAGACUUUGUAAUUCCGUAAACGAGGCAAGGAAUUUGGGUAAAAGACUGAACAUAAUUAUAGUUUCCGAAGGAGCAAUUGAUGAAAAGGGUAAUGCUAUAACUUCGGAAGACGUUAAGACGGUUUUAGUAGAUCGACUACAACAGGAUGCCAAAGUGACCGUUUUGGGACACGUGCAAAGAGGAGGAAAUCCUUCGGCAUUUGAUCGAGUUUUGGCUACGCGAAUGGGCGCACAUGCUGUAUUUUACAUAUUGGAAGCCACAAAUACUUCAGAAUCAGUAGUUGUGUGUCUUAGAUCUAAUAAAAUUGUCAAGCUAUCAUUAAUGGAAUGCGUUGAGAAUACGUUAGAAGUAGGCAAGGCAAUUGAACGAAAGGAUUUUAAAACUGCUUUAGAGCUCCGUGGUCGAGGAUUCAAACAAAAUCUCGAUACGUACAAAAAUAUAAUAGGAAUAUCUUUCUGUCAAGAAAAUGCCAAUGGAAAAAUCACUCUCAUAUUGAACGUAGGAGGUUCUAGUAACGGAAUUAACGCAUUGACCUAUUCCAUAGUCCGCAACACAAUAGCGUCUGGUAAUCGAGUAUUUGGAUCCAAAUUUGGUAUCGAAGGAUUUAUCGAAGGAGAGGUUGUUGAGUUAUUUUGGGCCAGUGUAAUUGGAUGGUUAGACCGCGGAGGUGUUAAAUUGGGAAUAACUAGAAUAAUACCAGACGACCGUAUGUUGGAAAUAAUGGCGGAGAAAAUGGCACUCUUCAAAAUAGGUUCAUGUAUUCUUGCUGGAGGACAUGAAGCUCUACAUACAGCAAUAGCAAUGUAUGAAAACCGAUCGAAGUAUGACGCAUUUUGUAUACCAAUUGUAGUCAUACCAGUUACUUAUAGUAAUAAUUUACCUGGGACUGAUUUUUCGUUAGGAGCAGACACAGCUCUAAAUCAAGUUAUUAAGUUAUGCGACAUAAUCAGACAAUCUGCAGAAGGGCAUAGACCUCGAGUAUUUGUUGUUGAGGUACUGGGAGGUAACUGUGGCUACUUAACUACCAUGGCAGCACUAUCAUGUGGAGCCGACGCAUCAUAUAUCAAGGAAGAAAAAUUCAACCUAUUAGACAUAUUACACUGUAUUAAAAUUUUAGCGGAAAAGUUUUCUACCAAAAAAAUAACUAGAGGACUAGUACUCAGAAGUCAAUUAGCAAACGAAAACUACACGACAGACCUAAUCAGUAGAGUGUUGAGUGAAGAAGGAAAGGAUUGGUUUACUACUAGGGCAAUAACUCUAGGGAAUAUUGCAACCGGCGGAGUGCCUAGUCCAUUUGAUCGAUCGUUUGCUUUAAAGUUAGGCCAAAUGGCCUGUGAGUGGAUAAGAAAUUUACAAAGUCAAUGUUCAGGGAAAGUUAUGUCACCCGGUUCAGCAGUGAUGAUUGGCCUAAAAAAGAGCAGUUAUAAGUUUACCUUACUCGAUGACAUAAAAAAUGAUUUUCCAACAAGUAGGCCGGACGAAACAGCAGAUUUAUGGUGGUUAAAACUAAGAGCGCUAGGGAAAAUGUUUGAAGAUCCAAAUUACUGGAAACAAUUUACUGACGCUUAAAAUAAAAUAAAAAAAUGUUAUUUAAUAGUUAUUUAG